AUCGCGACCGACAAGACGUGAUCGUCAUUUGCACAUUGCUAAGACCGAGCCGAGCGCCGUCCCUUCGCCCGAGAUGUACUACGAUAUUGAUGCCAUUUUGAUGGAUGCAGAGAAAGUCCCAUGUAAAUUCGAGAUCGACCUUGCCGAUCUCGGCUACCUCGAUAACAGCCCUUCGCAUGCCUUGAAAGCCGGUUCUCAGCUCCAGUUACCAUUGUGGCUGGCCGAAAUGCUCGCCCUCAAGGAUCAGAGCGCUCCAGAAGACACAAAGUCCCCCGUGACGCUGAAUCUGCCUAGUACUGUCUCUGGCCAAGUCGUCUCUGCGUUGAAGGCCGACCCGCGCGCCGUUCCCUUGCGCGAUCAGAGCGCGCAUUUCUACGGCGUUGGAAUCAGAAUGCUCGAGUUGUUUGAUGAGCGCGAUCUCGGGACCGUCUUGAGAAAGACCUACGUCACACGUGCGGCCGACAUUGCGCUGCACGCAAGGAAGGCAGGUGACGAUGGUGUCGGAGGGUCGAGCGGCGAAUUCUUGCGGGGGUUGGAUGAAUGGGAGCGUUCGCUGUUCCGUAAGGCGCACGAAGGUACCAAGGCUUCAAAAGAAUGGUUAGAAAAUGUCAAAAAACACUGAGGAUUGGUACGUCAAGGGCAUGACGCGAUGCAGUAUACAUUGCAUACUCACUGACUCGGGGACAGGAUACAGCUACGAUUUAUGACAUGACGAGAAUCACGUA